AAGAGCUCAGCUUCUCAGUGGUAGAAGUAAGGAGAUAUCUAUAUCUAUAUAUAGAUAAUAUAGCAAGAAGAAGAAGAGAGAAUGCAGUACCAGGCAGCGGCGGAGUCGUGGGGGGCGUACGCGUCGCUGGGGGGGCGAAUGGAUCCAUUGGAGAGGGUGGAGCGGCUGGCGGCGGAGAGCGCGGUGGUGAUCUUUAGCGUGAGCACUUGCUGCAUGUGCCACGCCGUGAAGCGGCUCUUCCGCGGCAUGGGGGUGAGCCCCACGGUGUACGAGCUCGACGAGGAUCCCCGCGGAAAGGACAUGGAGCGCGCCCUCGCCCGCCUCCUCGGCGCCGCCGGGGGGCCACCCGCCGUCCCCGUCGUCUUCAUCGGCGGCAAGCUCGUCGGGGCCAUGGACCGGGUCAUGGCCUCGCACAUCAAUGGCACCCUCGUCCCCCUCCUCAAAGAGGCCGGCGCCCUCUGGCUCUAACAACAACUUGAUCGAUUAUAUAACAUAUCAUACUACUAUAGAGAGAGUGAGUGAAAGAGAGAGAGAGAAAGAGAGAAUUAAAAGAGAGGUAUAUAUAGGAGGUUUUAGAGGGUGAGAGAAAGAAAGAGAGAAGGAGAGAGAGGAGGGUUUCGUUUUAUUCUUCCUCCGUUUUGGGUACAGAAAUGAUCAGUGGGUGUUGGAAUUAGCUAGGCUGGCUUUUCUUUAAUUUGUUUUUAACUUUGAUCUUGGGUUUUAUCUUUCAAUGAAGGGAAUGGGGGAAGGUCUUGGUGUUUGGUGUUGGGUUUUAGUGCUUUUUCUGUAAUCUGCUUUCUAUGAUAUGUAUAGAAAGAUCCCAAAAAAAAGCCAAAAGAAAAAAAAAAGAAUGCUUGUUUUCUUUCUUUAGUGUGGGCUUUGAGUCUUGUUGGCACUGUGUGCUUCUAAUUCUUCAAUUUUUAUUCUAAUUAAUUGUUGUCCGUA